UAGGAAGAUUAUGCUUGAGCAUAAUCGCAUAAUUUCAUAAAAGUUGUCCGAUUACAACGGGGACAAGAUAUUUGGUACCCUUGUACCCCCCCUGGUUCACAAAUAUAGAGCAUAAAAAAGCAUAAUUGGUCACAAAAAGCAGCAUAAUGCAUAAUCGCAUAAUUAGAGCAUAAUUGGGCCCAAAAUCGGCUGCGGCGCGUUUUUUUUCUCGUGGAAUAGCUAUUUUUUGCCGUUUUUGGCCUUCAAACGCCAAACAGCGACUCGAUUUUGAAUUUGGCGCCAAUCGGCGGUCACCGCCUUGUCCUAAACGCAACGGGGAACGCUCUGCGCAGCUGCGGUUUGGGUUGUAGGCAGCACUAGCGAGGUGGGCGUGUGUUUGACAAGUCGAAGGGACAUGUGUGGUGAAGAGUAGGCGCAUCAACAAAUACACAAUGGGUAAACCCCAAACACCUAGAGUGACAUGCUCGGGACGGGCAAGUGAUUACAAAAAUGAAGGUAUGUACGUUUUUGAUUCAAAAAAACGAAUAAUGCACUGCAAACACUGUGAAGUUCGUGUGGAUUGGGAAAAGAAAAGCAGCGUCGACAACCACUGCUCUUCAAACACGCACCUGCAGGCUAAAGAAAAAUCGAAUGAAAAUGAGUCCAGAAAGAGACAGACGUCGAUCAACGAUAGUUUCCAACAGUCAAAACGAAUGAGAGAAGACCGAGAAGAAUUUAUAAAGUCUACAGUUCGUGCAUUUACCUUGUCAAACAUCCCUUUGCACAAGUUGGACAAUCCGGCUCUGAGAGGUUUCAUCAAAAAGUAUAUUCCAGGUGGUGGAGAUUUGCCCUGUGUCAGGACAUUAAGAGACAAGUAUGUUCCGAUUUUAAAAGCGGACUACGAUGCUACAAUUACUGCAAAACUGCAAGGCAGACAAUAUGUUGUUCUCUGUGACGAGACAACGAAUAGGAAAGGUGAGGCAGUACUGGUCACCCUCCUCAAGUGUCUUCCUUCUACUUCUGACCCUGAUCCAUUCCUGGUCGUGGGAUCUGUCAAAGUCUUGACUGCAUGUAACGCCGACCAAUGCUGCAAAGCAAUAAUUCAGACUCUACUUCAAUUUGAUUUGGCACAUGAAAAUUGUGCUGCAGUUGUCUCUGAUGGAGCUGCUUACAUGACUCUAUGUGCUAAACUUCUGAAAGAGUUGGUUAACCCAAAUCUUGUUCACAUUCAAUGUUGGGCACACAAAACAGAUAAAGUGGUUAAAGUUUUCUCUGACAAGCUGCAGAUGUUACAUGAAUGUGUAAUGAAUACAAAGCAACUUUUUAAAAAUACACGGAAGCGGAAGCACAGAUAUAUUCAGUAUUUGAAAGAUACUUAUUCUUUUUCAAAGGCUAAAGAGCCCAAACUUUUCCCUAUGCCAGUGAUGACCAGGUGGGGUUCCUGGAAAAAGUCAGUUCAGUAUAUCUCUACCUAUCUUGAGGAUGUCACAAAUUAUGCAAAAACCAUCCCUGAAUCAGAAAAGGUCAACUCUGUGCAAUAUUUUAAAAAGCUAUCUGCAGAUGAUUUAAAGGUUAUUAAAACUGAAGCUGACUUUGUUGUAGAGUACUGUUCCAGUGUCUGUGAUUUGAUUUUAUUUUUAGAAGGAUCUCUGUACCCAAUGGCACAUGUUGUUUAUUCUAAGGUAAAUGACAUCAAGAAAGUGUUUCAUUUACUUGGGUCAGCUAGUAAUAUAACUUCUGUUUUGUUUAAGGAAACAAAAUCUAGUCUCCAAAAACUUUCUAAUCAGAAGCAAAGAGCUGUGUGUGAUAGGAUUAAGGCUGUGGCAAAAAAAUGUGAUGAGAUAUUGACUGAGUAUUUAGCCAAUGAUACUGCUAGAAAUUAUUUUCAAGCAGCCCAAACUUUGUUUAACCCUAGUAAAAUUGUUUUAGGUUGUUCUGAUACAGAUUUUGAAACUGCAAAAAAUAAUAUUGCACUGCUUAAUAGUAUCCCACUCCCUAAUUUUAAGGUCUUGCAUGGUUUGUUAUCAGAUGCUGUGAAAGAAUAUCUCCAUUCGAAUAAUAAUAAUAAUAAGAAAGGUGAUGUCAUGUGUGAAGCAUUGCUGUCAAUGAAGACGGAUCACCCAGAAUUUUUUGCACUGUGUAUGCAAGUCCUGCAUAUGCCAGUGUCAAAUGUCGACAGUGAAAGAGCUUUCUCAGCUUAUAAUGAUAUUUUAAGUUCUAAAAGGUGCAGGCUCAGUGCUGAAAACACUGAAAUCAUGAUAUGUAUGUAUUUUAGUGACGAAAUUGACAUGACUGACACAGUUGCUGUUGCUGGACAUGACCCUGACAACUCAGUGACCUUGCCAUUAUCACCAGAGAGUGAGGAGGACCCUGACGACGACCUCUAGACAAUUGUAUUUUAGUCCAAAAUGUUCUGUUUGAUGAUCACUGACCACAGAAAGAUCCAUUUUUUUUCUUAAUUAAACUGUUGAAUCUAUUUUAUCUUUUUUCUUUUCUAAGUGAACUUUAAACCUAAACACUGUUUUUCAGCAAAUUUGCCGAUUUUACGACCAAAAAGCAUAAAAUCGCAUAAAAUCGUAAAAAACGAAGCAUAAUCGGAGCAUAAUUGACCCAUUUUCAGAGCAUAUUUAGGGCAUAAAUGUUCGCAUUUUUAGAGCAUAAUCGGGCAACUUGAAACGCGCAAUUUUCCUAUCUCU